AUGAUACCUAUAAAGUUGACUGAUAUAAUUGAUACUGCUAAAGCUCUGCAUGACAAUUUCCCUUCAGAAGCACAUCAGGUGCAGCCGAAAUACGAUGCUCUUUUGAAAAAAUGCCAUUCUCUUCUUGAGGGGAUUGCAGAGCUGAAGUUUCCGCCUGUGAAACCAAGAUGGGCGGAUUUUACCGACGCUGGACCUGGAGUUGCUUGUAACAAUUUCGAAGUACAGUUCAGGGAUGCUGAGUUAGCGAUUAUCCAUAACAGUGACUAUCGGAUCAGACUGCAUUCUUCCAGGGGUAAUUCGUCUGAUAACGAGGCCGAGAGAACUAACAGCGCAAUCGGCGACAGUAACGUAGAUGGCGCAACACUCCAGUGGAACAAACAUAAACGCUUUGAUGGACUAAGUAAUGAAGAUAUAAGUAAACUGAUGGUGAAAGAGUUCGAAGAACACAGGACGGAUAGAAUGGAGAAGAAUGCGUGGUACUGUGCUAAUGAAAUUCGCAAUAGGGUUGAUGGGGCACCAGUGUUUAACAAGUUUAUUAAAAGUUAUUUAACUCCAAAGCAAAGCCCUUUCUUUUUUAACAAAAAUACUUAAAACAAUAUCAAAGUUGUACUCCCGCUGAGUCAAAACAACAGGUUCCUGGUUACCACUACAUAACGAAUGUUUUAAACUUUAUUGAAAGACACUACAGAAUUGGUGAACUAUAUAUGGAAUAUAUAAGGGACGGAUGUCGGGAAAAUGGAGCGAAAAGGACUGGGUUGGACCCAGGUUCUCCAGAGUUCCUGCCCCGUAUCCAGAUCCUGAAAAGCCAGGGCAUUAUAUGAGUGUUUUCAACACACCAACCACAGACAAUAACGGGCAGUUAAGGGAAGUGGAUGCAUGAUGUCGCUCCCAGGGCAGUGAUAAAGCGUGUAUAUAAAGCUGGCACGAUCUCAUCGGACAAUGUCGAACAACUUAAAGAAGUAUACAGUCGCUAUUGUGUUGAAGAGAAGGAUGUCGCAUCAUAAUGUUAAACACCUUGAAGAGUUGAAAAUGAUGUCUGCUAUCAUAUCAGGGAAAACGAUUCAGGAAAACUAAAUUCAUUAAAAGUGAUGGAACUUGACAAGUACCUUAUAUUAAGAGACACAACCUGUCCACUAUCGGAAAAAAAGAGGAUAAAAUCAAACAAAUUAAAGCAGAUUUCUACAUAAAUAGGACCAACGACGCAGCCAUUGAUGCAGAAACUUCAGAUGAUGAUACUUUGUCAGGAGAUGGUGAAUCCGAUUCUGACGAUGAUGAAGUACUUCAGAUAAUUCCAGAAGGCGAUGAAGACGACAAUUCAACUGAGGGAAUGUCUGAGGAUUCUGAUGAAGAAAUUGCAAAUUUGCCAACGAUACGCAGCAGAAGAGCAGCUAGUUUUCCACAUAUAAGAUACGAAGACUAUUAUGUUUAUUAA